AUGUCUUUUCUACAUCAAGAGCAACACCAACAAGGACAGAAACAACCAAAAAAACGAGGACCAUAUACGACUAAAGCAUGUACAAAUUGCCGAAAAAAACAUGCAAAAUGCACUGGUAAAGCAUUUUGUGAACGCUGUACACGACUUAAUCUUGAGUGUACUUUUGAUAAUUCAGGUCAAAAGCGAGGACCGAAGAAGAAUGGCAAACUCUCAGAAGAGGUCAAUGAUCUUAAUGAUCUUAGAAAUGACUUUGAUAGAAAUCCUAUGCUAGUCUCCGCAGUCUCUAAUGCAAUGCAGAGCCACGUAUCGACUUUAUCUUCGCCAUUAGGAUAUCCACAACCUAAUAAUUUUGAUGAAUUUAUUCAUUAUGACGCUUAUGAUGAACAAACCAUUCAAGAUUUUCAAGAAGUCGGUCGCUUUCUUUAUCAAACACGUACCGAUACUGAAUACAUUAUGCCAAACAACGAUCUCUUAAAUAAUUCAUCCACUAAUAAUAAC